AUGGAAGGGGAGGUCCCGCCCACCGGCACCAAGCGGGAGCGCGGGAGCUGGGGGGGAGCAGGGCUGGUCACCCGCACGUGGCCUGGAGACCAUGGACAUGGUGGGCCCGAGUGCCGGGCGCGGUUGUCCCGCCUGGUCUCCUUCAGCGCCAGCCACCGCCUGCAGAGCAAGUCUCUGAGUGAGGAAGAAAACUUGAAACUCUAUGGGAAAUGCAACAAUCCCAAUGUCCACAGGCACAAUUACAAAGUUGUGGUGACAGUAUACGGAGAGAUUGAUCCUGAUACAGGAAUGGUUAUGAACUUGACUGACCUCAAAAAAUACAUGGAGGAGGCCAUCAUGGAGCCCCUCGAACACAAGAACCUGGACCUGGACGUGGCAUACUUUGCGGACACUGUAAGCACAACUGAAAAUGUAGCUGUGUUUAUCUGGGAAAAUCCCCAGAAAUUGCUUCCUGAGGGAGCUCUUUAUAAGGUUAAAGUGUAUGAAACUGACAACAACCUUGUAGUCUAUAAGGGAGAAUAG